GCCCUCUGUCUCCCCUCAGUGACACAAGAGACUCUCCAGCAGCUGCACGGCGGAUCUGCGGGUAGAGAGCCGGUGCGUCAGCGGCCAGACACUACAUCCGCUGCUCGGAACCGCGAGUCCCCCCCCCCCCCCCACUGGUAUGGACACCGGAGGAGAGUACUGACCAUCCCGGAACCAUGCCUACUGUUCUCGGUGGCAAAGGGAAACUUUCCAUUGUCUGUUUUCUGCUCCGAUGCGCAUAUUCUCAGGCCUAAAGUCCAGCCACUCAGACACUGACCUUAGUGAGUCAUGCACGCAAGAAGAGGCAGUUUCAAACACUCACGCACACGUACACGUGCAUGUACUGUGCACCACACACAUUUUCUACUGUGCAUGGUUGAACUGCACAGAUGGCACUAAAGAAAAGAGUGGGCCAUAGAGGUAACAAGAAGCCAACACAACAGCUGUGCCAAAGAUAUUCUGGAGGACAUGACUCAGUCCUGGCCGUCCCAGCAAGCCUUAGGGGGUGACCAGGCCCAACGAAUCCUCUACAGCCCUAAGGGUACAAAACAACCAACUACACAACACAGGCAAAGUCGGGGGGAUGUUCAGCUGCGAAUGACCCGUCACCCUCACGUGGCACCUCACAAAUCCAUGCUUGCUGACGACCUGAAGCUGAGCAGUGACGAUGAUGACACUCAAAAGGCCAGUCAUGAGUCAUCUUCCUGGGGUAGACACAGCCUGUCAGCACAGAGAGCACACACACAUGGCAGGCGGAUGAGACAUUCCAGCUCAGACUCUUCAGGCUCAGACUCCAGUGCUGAGUCGGGCAGCAGCAGCCUUCAUUCCCGGAGCCCGAGUCCAGAAGUUUACCCGGAUCCUGUGUCGCCUGCCAACGUGCAGCCACCGUGCAACAGCAAGGAGACUGAUCGCCCUUCUGCUGCCCAGUGGCAGUUGGAUAAAUGGCUGAAGAAGUCGCGGAAAAAAUCUGCCAGCAGUGACCAGGAUCCCUCCCAGAGCACUACAGGACGCCUGCCUUCUUCCCACACCCAGCGUGCCCCAUCUCCAGCCAGGUCCUGGGACAGUAAUCAGGAAUACAGCCCUAGUCAAAGCCCUAUUCCCAGCCCACAGUUCAAUUACAGCCACAACAACAGCCCCCUGCCUAGCCCUGGUUACAGCUAUUGUCCUAGCCCCAGCCCAUUCCCCAGCACUUGUCCGAGUCCCAGCCCCAGCCCGAGGCACAGCCCGAUCCCAAGUCCGAUUCUAAGUGUUUGUCCCAGUCCGUUUGGGAGCCCAAGAGGUAGCCGCAGCCCUAGCCCAGUACCUAGAGACCCUCCAAGGAGUCCAAGUCCCAGUUUACCUCCUUCAAGGGUUCGACACUACCCUGAGGUUCAGCAUCAGAACCAAACACAACCUAGCCUAACAACUGAUCCCCACAGGACAAAAAUUAGGCCAUGGAUCACCCCGUUGCCUAACACCAACUCCAAGAACAAGCCCACAAAUAGUCAUCCUCAGCCAACUCAACAGCACAGACCCAAGACUCGACCCACACAGGUCCAAGACCAAAGCCAAAGCAAACUGAAGGCAUCUGAAGUUUCUAACCAGAGUCACGGCCACAAAUCUAGACCCAAGUCUAACUUUCAUCCAAAUUCUAAACAGCUCUCUGACACUCCCAAAGCCAAACACGCAUUACAUUUUGAGCAAAUCCAGGGUAGCAGAUCCAACCACAGCUCCAACCACAAGCCCAGACCUCCAUUUCAACCCAGCUCACAACAUAGCCCCACAAGAGCAAAGCACUUAGUUCCUGCUAGUUGUGAAACCAACGCUGGUCACGGUACUCAUACCCAAUCUACCUCUAAAGCUGCUAUUAAUUCCGGUAGUGGGUCGAACUCGAGGGCCAGUCCUAGCCUAAAACCUAGGACCAAGUCGUUGGAGGCUACAGUUCCAACUCCUGUGCAUGUUAAUCACACAAAAAUAUCUCAGAAGAAACCCCAAACUAAGGAACAGGAGGUGGACCGCAGAGGGGAUCAUCAGAGCCAAGCAGAGGGGCUAAGACACGAAAGAAAAGAGGACAGGCAUAGGGAAAAACAGCAAGGAAAACAGGAGAGAAAGGAAGACAGGAGGCUGGCGGAGGAGCAGCUACUGAGACGUCCCUGGAUCCAGAGUUCGGCGGAGGAAGAGGAGGAGGAAGAGGAAGAAGAGAGAGUGAUAGAGAGGCAGAGGCGGAGAGAGGAGACAGCAAAAGGGGAAAACAGGAGGAGGAGGGAGCAGCAACACAGGCGUGAAUGGCAAACAGCCCAGGCCAAGCAGAGACUGCCCACUAACACCAAGCGACACCACCCUCAAGACAACUCACACCACCAGGGGAGGGCAAAAAAGGGAGGCAGAAGUGAGGAGGAGAGAGAUUUACAGCCAGACCCUUCACCUCCUUCGUCACGCUCCCCAACUCCUCACAGACCAUCCUCCUCAUCGUCUACUUCCUCUUCCUCCUCCUCAAGUUCAGAUUCAGAAUCUGAACAUCAGGCUCCUGUCACCAAAGUUCCAGCAGACUCCACCUCCCACAAGAGACUCGCCAAGCGAGGACAACAAGGCCCAGGCAGGCCUGACGCCAACAGGCCGAAGGUGGUGCACCCCAGAGGACCCACCUCAGCCAAUCCCAGUGAGGGGAAGCAGGGCGAGGGGAAGCAAAAACUCUAUACCCUAGUCCCUUUUGGGCGAAGCGAACAGGCUACAGUGCCUGCCCAGCGAGGGCUUAGAAAUCUGGUGGUGCAGAUAGACCUCUGUCUUCUCAAAAGGGUCCCGGACAGCACUACUAGUUCCCCUGUUAAAAAACCUUCCUCCUCUCCCCCCUCCUCUUCAUCAGCCAAGGACAAACAACGAGAGGCUAUGAAACACCUGUAUAUACCUGAGACCGUGACAAAAGACAAAAGGAAACGCAAGCUGGAGAAUGGUGUGUCGCCCAGAGAAAGCAAGAGGAGUCUUCCUAAUGCAGGUGACCUCUCAGGACGCACAGAGUCGUCAGUUCACGCAGCCGAGCGCAACUUUGUGACUGAGACCACACACAAUGGGUACUUGGAGGAGUACUUAGACAGCAAGAGGCCACUGUCUCCACUGUCUCCACUGUCUCCACUGUCUCCACUUUCCCACAGUCCCGAGUCCACCAAGCCUCCCACCAAAACAAAGACUUCAGCGCAGCAUCACAUCCACAAUAACAAGAACAGAGACAAGAAUAGAGAUUCGGCUGUGAAGCCCAAGAUGGAGGUGGAAUGUGUAAAAGUGUCAGGACAGCCCCAGCCCACAUCUGAGUCCUGGGGCCCUACAGGUCACAGGGGGACCGUGCCACAUGAAACUCCACACCACGCUGAGUACUACUUACAUGAAGCUAAAAGGAUGAAGCACCGCGCUGACGCAAUGGUGGACAAGCUGGGGAAGGCUGUAAACUAUGUUGAUGCUGCUCUCUCCUUCAUGGAAUGUGGAAAAGCAAUGGAGGAAGGACCACUUGAGGCGAAAUCUCCAUAUACCAUGUACUCAGAGACAGUGGAGCUCAUUAGGUAUGCAAUGAGGCUGAAGAGCCACUCUGGCCCUGGGGCAAGACAGGAAGACAAACAGCUGGCGGUUCUGUGUUUCCGAUGCCUUGCCUUACUUUACUGGCAGAUGUUUCGUUUAAAGAAGGACCAUGCCCUGAAAUACUCUAAAGUGCUGCUGGACUAUUUUAAGAGCUCCCCCAAAGUGCCAACUACACCACCCUCUUGGAAUGACUCUGGGAAGGGUGCAGGAGGACCCCCGUCUUCGCUCUCACCCAGUGCCAAACACCUCAGACAGGGUUCACACGGGGGCAGCACAUCCCCGUCUCUCAUAAGCAUUCCCCAGCGAAUCCACCAGAUGGCAGCAAAUCACCUGAACAUCACCAACAGCGUCCUGUACAGCUACGAGUACUGGGAGGUGGCUGACAACCUGGCAAAGGAGAAUAAAGAAUUCUUCAAUUACUUGAAUACUUUAUCUGGGCCAUUGACUCUUCACAGUAGCAUUGCUCAUACAGUCCAAUACACCAGACAAGCUCUUCAGUGGAUACGCAUUAGUGCCAAACUUAACUAAGAAGGAGGGAUUUAGCCUAACCAGUUCACUGGAUCUUCAGGUCUUAUUUACGAUAGAAGAGAAAAAAAACUCUGGAUCUCUGUGCAGCUAACAGGACAGCACUGAUGCCUACUGUCCUAUGUGAAAUGGGGUUGGAUAAAAUCCUAUGGAGCCUGACAUUUGUCAUCCUCACAGGAUGUUGGGGUACUCACCAUCUGGGCCUUAUCAUGUGCAAAGCCUUCUGAAGGUGCAAACUUUGGACAUCUCACAGAUUUCAUCAUUGAAUUCAUCUGAAGAGUUGUGUGCAGCAAGGAUUUCAAGCCUCUGAUCAUUUGCCAAAUGUCCCAUGGAUCUCAAAGAGCUCAUAUACGAAGCCUUUUUCAUAUUUUGGAAUUAAUUGUUAUCCAGCAGACCAUUUCUCUGGGGCCAAAAAGGAGAAGAUGCUAAAAAAAAAAAAAGAAGAAGAAAAAGAAAAAAGGACCAACCAAUCAAAUACCACUUUCUCCAAAGUAGAACACUUGUCUGCAUCUAUUGCCAAUGAAGGUUUAAUUGACUCUUACUUUGAAAAUCUCUAAUAUUUUCACUUUUAUGUGUUUUUACUGUGCAAUAUUUGAUGGAUUAUCUGUUUUUAGAAAAAAAGAGAAAACACAUGAGAAUAAAAUGUUGGCGAGACUAGUUGCCAACAUUAAAAGGUUGCAAAA